AUGAGAUCUAGAACAUUGAUAAGAUCAUUUACAACUUCAAGACUUCUUCAUGAAGAGGAAUCAGCAAUGACAAGAAGAAUGAAACAAAUUCUAGAAGAAAAAAUCCACAAUGCAAGUGGUACUUCAUUCACAGAUUCAUCAAUCAACAAACAUUAUAAUCAAACUAAAAAUCAAGCAUCAUCAUAUAUAAAAUCAGAACCACUACUAGCCCAUAACAAACAUGCAAAGGACCUAUACAACUCCAAACCAUGGACAGGCGAGGAAUCAAUAGAAGAUGCAAAUUUGCGAAUGAUAAUCGAAUCAAAACCAAAACCAAUAGAAUACAUUCCAAAACGAAAAUUAUCCCCUAUGGAAAAACUCUCAAACGCAAAGAAUAUAACUCUAGAUUAUAAAAUCAACAAACCGGAUGACGGAUUCAAAGAAAUGUAUAAAGAAAGAUUAUUGGGUCCAUUGGCAUUCAAUCCAAAUUCACCAGCUACUGAUAUUGUGAAUAGUCUAGCUAGUGCAAAGAUUAAUUCUUAUAUAAAUAGAGAAACUGGACAAUUUGAUCAUCCGGAGAUGUCCCUGGUUCGAGGUAAAAGGAUAAGUGAAGAACAUUUAAAAAAUUGUACUGAUUCAAAUUAUUUCAUGAAUCAGAUACUUAAGAAACAAGAAGUGGUUCCUCCAUGGAUCGAAUCACAACAGAAUAUAAAUAAAUCAGUGGAAAAAUUCAGACUGGAUUUGGAUAAAUUAUGGUUUAAUUGGAUAAUUUAUCAUUCAUUUUUUAAAGAUUAUAUGCAUCUAGAUUUAGAAAGUAUACUAUUGAGGUUUGAGGAAAACAAAUGGCAAUUUAGUGAGGAACAUGAACUACCUGAUAAAGAGUACCUCAAAGCUAAAGUAGAUUUAAUAAAUCAAGAAAUUAGGAAUUAUAAUUUACAAUGUCCAAGUACUACAAGUCAUAAAUUUAAACUUGAUCUAGAUAAAGAAAUCAAAAAUUCAUAUCAAAGAACACUAGAGAAUUUUUCAAACAAGAUAGAAACUUGGUAUAAUACGAAUAAGAAGAAAUCGACACUUGUAAAUAGUUCAAGUAAAGGCUCAUCUGGUUUCCUUAAUCUUUGGGACUCAAAUGGGCCAUCACAUAUACAAUCAACAGACACAAAAUUAAAUUUCUGGCAAGCUGUUAAAGAUAUAUUUAAAUAA